AUGAUGUACAAAGAAUUUUCUAUGGACAAACGCAUCGAAUACGUCAAUGCUUUAAUCGAUAUGGUAGAUAGAGAUCGGAACAGGCAUCAUCUGGUGCUACCGCUUCUUACUAGCACAGAUGAUGUUGAGGAGCGGCUUAAGUUGAUUUUUCGAUGUGCAAAUAUGGGUUAUAAGGAUCUUUCAGAGCUUGAUAUCUCUGUUCUGUCACCAGUGCUUCUGCAGCCCCUCUACGAUCGACAACGAACUGCCCGUGGGGAUCAGUCGAAACUAAAUAAAAUAGCUAGAAUCCUGAAGAGUUUUGGUAUCGCAUCCGAUUCUGUGUGGCAAACCAUGUAUUCAUGGUGGCAAGACAAAACUGCGAGCGAGAAACGAAUGGCUGACUUGGCAGAUGCUUCGAGACCUUUGUCUGGAGAGCUCAAAGAGUGGCUGAAGUUGCAAUAUACAGCUACCUUUGAACUGGAGAAGAAAAACAGUUUGAAGGGGCUGCCUGUGCGAAUCACUUACGAGAGGCUGAAGAAAUUUGUGGAUGAUCGUGACUCUUCGAAGGUUCACGCAUUCCUUUCGUCAUAUGGCUGGCCAGAAGAUACGAAUUUCGAAGAAAUCAUUCCAGAUGUGCUUGGGCUUUAUCUGGACCAUGAAGAGUGGUCAAAUGUCAAGAAAAUGCUCAUUUCAUUAUCUGCACAAUCUGCCAAAUGGCAGAAGCCGGAUGAUCCCACUUACAGUCCCAUGAAGAAUUACCAUUUGCUGCACAUUCUGAGAAGAAUGUCAAAUGAAGGAGAAGAAAUAUCGGUUGUGAAAAUAAUCAACUAUGCCUACGAACUUCGGCGACUUUUUCCUGAAGGUCUCUUUUUGAUUCAACGUCAGAGCAAAUUAGCAGUUAUGAAAAUUUUUGCAGCUACUGCAAAUUAUGACACUUUCUUCAACACUCUACACGAAUAUAAUCGUCUGUUCGGAAAAUGUUUUGAGAGGCUUCCAAAUCCAUCUGUAGAGAAAAUUGACGAAUGUAUAGAUCUCUUGCGAACGUUGAUCAAGUUGGAGAUUCUUCAACUUCAUCCCAACGAAACAUUGACAUCUGUGUUCAUAGGAAAUGUGUUGAGAAGGCUUGGUUGGGAAGAAGCAGUAAAUACUUGGAUGAAGUUCCAGUCUGGUUUGUACUGCUCCAAUGGAAUUGUCACAUUAUUACGCUUUUGUCUAUCGCAGAAGACGGAAGCCUCAAAGCGCAAUAUUCAGUAUGGUAAGUUUUCGCUUCUCUUCCCCUCUCCCUGA